AUGUCAAACCCUGCAGCCUUCAAACAGGUGCGGCUAAUCAUAGGGCUUGACUUUGGAACAACUUUCUCGGCCAUUUGCUUCGCCACCAACAACACAACUGAUCUCAAUCAGAUCCACACCUUCACAGCUUGGCCCGGUAGCUGUGAGCAAGAAGGCGAACACCAUGUGAAAACACCGUCACGAAUUGCAUACGCCAAGGAGAACCCGAGCAAUGACGAGGACGAAGGCUUGAAUUCGGAUGCGACCGGAUAUGAAGUCGAGGCUGGCUGCCGCUCCUACAGCUGGUUUAAGCUUCUUCUCGACGGGGAUGCAUUAUCCUCGGAAUAUGAUGAUCCUGAGCUCAAGCUGGCGCAGUCGGAAGGACUUAUGUGCCUCCCUGAGGACAAGUCCGCCAAGGACGUAACCACCGACUACCUUCGUGGCCUUUACCAGACAUGCCAAGAAAGACUAAAUCGAAAGUUUGGGCAUGGUAGACUGGCCUCUCAGCUGCGCUAUCCUGUGGACGUUUGGCUGACUGUGCCCGCAACCUGGUCUGAUAAAGCCAAGCUUCUUACCCAGACAGCUGCGAAGGAUGCAGGCUUUGCCAGUCAACCGGGUGAUCGAAUGUUUUUGAUUCCCGAGCCCGAAGCCGCAGCACUGGCAGCACUGAAGUCUAGUCUUUUAGAAGUUGACGAUCUCAUUCAGGUUGGAGAUCAUGUUCUCAUUUGCGAUUGUGGCGGCGGCACAGUGGACAUCACCACGUACAACAUUCUGUCAACCAAACCGACAUUGAAGCUUGAGGAGCUGCUCCUUGGCAUUGGUGCCAAGUGCGGUUCUACAACAAUCGAUCGCAACCUACACAAAUUGAUGGCGGCACGGUUCGGCAACGCCUUCAAAAGCCUUGACGAGCGUCGUACGGGCCUUGGCAGCCAAUUCAUGUCUUCAUUUGAGAACAUCAAGAAGGGUUUCAGCCUUGCGAGGGCCAAGAAGCGCCCCAAUCGCGUUCCCCUCAAGAUGCGAGAUGUGCCGGCAGAGGCGAUCGCCAGCAGUCAUUACGAUUCAGACUUGGACGUGGUGCUUUUGAGCACUGACGAUAUGAAGAGUCUCUUCGACCCCGUCGUGGAGAAGAUUCGUGGGCUUCUCACGGAUCAGAUCAUCAACGCCGAAAAGCAUGUGAAAGAUCAGAAGGUGAAGGUGGUACUGGUGGGCGGCUUUGCCUCAUCUCCAUAUCUGUGCGAGAGACUCGAGGUAUUCUUGGAGGACAGGGGUGCAACACUCUCUGCGCCUAUGAAGGAUGCCUGGUCGGCUAUCGCUCGAGGCGCCGUCAUCAGGGGAAUCGAAGGAGAGGUUGUAAAGCAACGCAAAUGCCGCCGCCAUUACGGCUUUGCAGUAGCUCGUCCUUUCCGGAAGAUAGAACAUGAAGGUUACGAUCGGUCUCUGCGCUCUAUUUGCACGAAUCAUUAUAGUGACGUUGCGUUCCUCAGUGGAUUUCUGAUCUGGAAAGUAGACAAGGGGUCUGUCGUCACUGAGCGGACCGAAAUUCGACACAAUGUUAGCCGGACAUACUCUGCGAGAGGCAAAGAGUCCGGGCAGGUCCUCCUAUAUGCCUGCAAUGCGGAUUCCGCGCCCGAGACGAUUGAAAGCACCAACGCGGAAAAAGUUGGCAGUGUCUCGUACACUCUUGAAGAUCUGGACAUCAGUCAGCUGCCCAGCAAGAUGGGAGAUGACGGAGUGCGACGGUAUAGAGCCGACUUGACGCUUGUCAUUGGUAUGGGGGACGCUGCCGGGUUACUGACUUUCAAGGUCCUAUGCCAAGGCUCAGAGGUGGGAACAACACAGCUAGACAUCUCUAGCAACUAA